ACAGGUGGGUGGUCACUGCCCUGGUUCCACUGGCCACACUGUGGCUGGUACAGCCCAGCUGGGCUCAGAUGUGUGUGUGGAGAUGAACGGGCAGGUCUUGCCGCCGGGCAGCGCUCUGCUCUGGGACCCUGAGCUCCCUCAGCGGGAUGGAGCUCGGGACAGCCCGGACACAGCCUCGGCACAGCCUGGGCACAGCUCGGACACAUCCUGGGCACAGCACGGACACCCAGAACAGCCAGGACACAGCCUGGACACAGCCUGGACACCCUGGACACACCGGGACACACCCAGCCGGCACUCACCGCCCGCCUCCCACACACCCCGGCCCCUCACGCCGCCCGGCCCGGCCCAGCCCGUCCCGCCUUCCGCCGCCAUUUCCGCUUCCUGCCGCGCUCCCCGCGAUGUCGGCGCUGGCCGCGAAUCCAAACAACCCCGUGGUUUUCUUCGAUGUCACCAUCGGCGGGCAGGAGGUCGGCCGCAUGAAGAUCGAGCUGUUCGCAGAUGUUGUACCCAAAACGGCAGAGAACUUCAGGCAGUUUUGUACAGGUGAAUUCAGGAAAGAUGGUGUCCCUAUAGGUUAUAAAGGAAGCACUUUCCACAGGGUAAUAAAGGAUUUCAUGAUCCAAGGAGGUGACUUCGUAAAUGGAGAUGGCACUGGUGUAGCCAGUAUAUAUAGGGGUCCUUUUGCAGAUGAAAACUUCAAGCUGAAACACUCUGCUCCUGGCCUGCUUUCUAUGGCAAACAGUGGUCCAAGCACCAACGGCUGCCAGUUCUUCAUCACGUGCUCCAAGUGUGAUUGGUUGGAUGGGAAACACGUUGUGUUUGGUAAAAUUGUCGAUGGGCUGUUGGUCAUGAGAAAAAUUGAAAAUGUGCCUACGGGUCCCAAUAACAAACCCAAGUUGCCAGUUGUGAUUUCUCAGUGUGGAGAAAUGUGAAGUGGUGAAGGAGCAAUGUGUGUUCCUUUACUGGUGAUUAGACCUGUGCUGGCUCCAUGCAAUUCCAAUUCCAGUCAGCUCACCCACUGCCCCAGACUUCUCCACAGGCCAGACCCAUGCUCUUGAGGUUCUCUUGAAAUUAUUUAAUAAUGGACAUCCUUUUUUUUUUUUUUAACAUUUUGAAAUGUAAAUAAAGAAUUUUUUUAAACAUG